AUGGGCGGCGCAGGAACCAACAUAUGGCUUCCUUUCCUGUCGCCAAUGGUGCUGAUGACGCCGCCCGACGGCGUCACGCCUGACUUUGACAACCCGCGGCAGAACCACUGGCUGCAGCACUACCUGGCGUUUGGCAUCGGGGGGCCUCUGGCAUUGGCAUUUUUGUGUCAGCGGUAUUACACGAAAUUGUACCUGUCUAAAGGGCUCCAGAUUGACGACGCAUUCAUGUUUCUGGCUUGGAUCAUGUCGGUAGCCACACAAGCCAUUCUCACAUACACCAUCGCCCAAGGAGGUAUGUGCGCGCACGCAUGGGAGAUGCCCCUCAAGCGAUUCGAACGAUACUCGAUUAGCAUCCCCAUCAACCUCGCCCUGCAGUUUGUCUACGUCGCCGCCCCAGUGUACCAGCUCUGCAACGGCUUCACCAAGCUCUCGCUGCUCAUCGUCCUAGUCGCGCUCUACACGGUCGCCAUCGCCAUCAUCAUGCUCUUCCACUGCAACCCCGUGCGCAAGGCGUUUGACCUGCGCAUCCAGACGGGCGCGUGCCUCGACACCGGCAUUCUGUACAUGGCCACGGCCGUGUCCAACAUCCUCACCGACGUCAUGCUGUUUUUGCUGCCGACGCCCAUGGUGCUGCGUCUGGAGAUGGACCGCGCGCAAAAGAUGGGCGCGAUUGCUAUUUUCGGCAUCGCUUCGGUUACAGUUGCCACGUCGAUUGUGCGAUUGGUCUAUUUACCGGCGACGCUCAGGAGCACCGAUCCGUCGUGGGAUGCCGCGCCCGCCAACGUGUGGACCUUUGUCGAGGGCAACCUCUUUGUCAUUUGCGGAUGCAUGCCAACGGUGCGCCGCUUCGCGCGACACCUGUGUCCGGGAUGGUUCGGCACCAACUCCCCGGCCAUAUCCAAGAACUCGGCGCAGAGCACACUGGUGACGUGGGGCGCCAGCCGCAUGCGCACGCGCAGGCAUCGGCGCUGGUCGCAGUUUGAUGAUGCCAGCGAGAUGGAGCUCGUCCAGCGCGGCGGCGCGUGCGAGGGCAAGACGGCUGAGCACAGCUUCGAAGCGGUGAACAAGUCAGGCGCUGAUGCGGAACAAGGCCCGAAGAGGCCACAAAACAAUAGAAGCACGGCCAGCGCGGACACGAACAGUGCGAAAACAGAACAUCAUACCGAAACAGACGGUGAAGCAGAAAAUGACAAUGUGUGA